AUGAGGCUCAAGCACAAGCUCCGAUCAUCGAGGUCCUUUCGGGCGACUCUCGUGAUCGUGAGCGAUGCUAUGGCGCCCACGACCGCGGUAGAGACCGGCGCGGCCCUGGUGACCUACUUCGACGCGCUGUUCUUCGACGGCACGCCGAGCGAGGAGGCGGCGAAGUGCGUGGCCGCGAUCGCCCGCUGCAGGGCGACCCUGUGGGGAGGCCUCACGCUGAAUUGUCUGGAAAAGGACGGCCUCAAGAUCAACACCGCGCACCUCCCGGCCGCCUGCGUGACGGUGGACUCCCCGGGCUCGGGGACUAAACGCAAGGCCGACGGCACCAAUGAUGCAGCGGCUGCAUCGUUUGCCAAGUUGGAGAAGCGCCUGCAGCAGCUGGAGGCCGAGAACGCGAAGCUGCGUGGGUCGCCUGACUCGGGCGGAGGCGACGCGGCAGUGGAGUCCAAUGCGUCGGAAGAGCUACGUGAUGAGAUCGACGGUCUCAGCAAGCAUGUGCAGUGGCUGGGGUCGGUCCGCUCCCCUUGGGCGGAGUUACCACUCAAGGCUGCUCGCGAGCAGCUGGAGGGAGCUCGUCGCAAGCUGUAUGAGAACAAGCCCUUGCCCGCGAAGCUCACGGCCUUGUCGCGCCGAGCUGAGCAGGCCCGCGUCCGCUACCAGAAGGCGGAGCAAGACAAGGCGGCAGCGGACCAGAAGCUGCUCAAGGCGCAGGAGGAGGCCAAAGCAGCUGCGCUGGUGGUCUUGGAGCGCCAGAAGGUCUGCCUGCAGCUGGAGGAGGAGGUGCGUGCCCUCGCAUCUUCGCAGCCAGCAGAUGAGCCAGGACAGCAUCAGGCUAUGGACCUCACGGGCCCUGAGAUCAAACUGGAAGAGGCCAAGUUGCUUUCAGCGCUUGGUGCUGUGGAGGGCGUCGCGGACGCCAGCAAGCUGGCACCGAAGUUGGCUGAGGUGCUCAAGUCCUGCGCGACCGAGCUGCUGGAGGAGCCGCCCGACAAGCAAGCUCGCGGGGCAGCGAGCGGUGGUCAACCAGCGGAGCCGCCCCCAGCAGCAUGGGACAUCGACGCGAUCGAGGUUCAGCUGCUGCGUAAGGAUGUCGGCUCCUUGGCUGACGAAGGGGGCGAAGUUGAAGACAAUCGAUUACGACCAGUAACCUACGGAGGCCUGCUGUUCCCUGACUACAGCUGCCUGGACCUGUGCGAGUAUUUGAACGGAGAAGAGCCCGUUCCAGUUCAUGAUUUGGAGUUGCUCGGUAGGAGUUCUACCUACACAGCGCUUAGCAAGCUUCAGGUGGCUGGUGACAAGCAGCCGAUACAAUCGUUCGGGGUGAGCACGGAGUUCACGGUGGUUUGCUACAACAGCAAUUCCUGGGCCACGGCUCAGAGUUUCAUGGCCCGCGUGCUGCGCCCCAGGGCCCGCAGCUCCCGCGCCCGGCGGGGCGGGGCCUCUCGGAGUAAGGGGGCGGACGCCGCGGGGCGCAGCGGCGAGGACAUCUACUACACGCAGGACAGCGUCGCAGACCAUUUUAAGGACCGCCGAACCUUAGCAAUCACCCGCGACGAGCUCGAGAGCGGGCAGAAGACCGUGCAUGAUAUUCCCACGAUCACGGUGGAUGGGGUCAAAUGUGGAGGCAUCUCGGGCGGCGGGGGCUGCACUGCUCACAGCAGCCAGCGUGUUGGGCAGGACUUGUCGCAUACGAUCGACAGUCGUCCACAGGCGAAACUGGCCUUCAUCGAUCUGGCGGCCAGCACCGGUGCCGAGAGCCAGGCGGACAACGCGGUAGCCCACGACCUCGGCGCCCUCAGGGAGAGCCUGGAGCAGAUGCAGGAGGGACAGGCCCCGACCUUCGAGAAGGCGACCCUGACUCGGCUGCUGCGGCCCUGGCUGUGGCCCGGGUCCGAGGCGCGCAAGUCGCACGUCGCGCUCGUCAGCCCCGUCAGGUAUUCUGCUCAGACACACGGAGACGUCCACGAGUGGCUCAUGUUCACCCAGCUUGCGCAGAAGGCGCUCGGCGGCCUGGCCACCGAGGCCCCCGCAGCGGCGAGCGCGCGCCUGCAGCAGACGCCCCCGAGCCGCCCGCAGGCUGCGUCGAUGGGCAGCCCCGCGGCCGCGGAGUGGAAGAAGCCCGAGCACCCGCCCGGCGGCUUCUUGGCGGGGUCGCCCUGCAGCAGCGAGGACCAGAAGCCCCUCGGCGCCGCCGCGCGGCCCGGCGCGGGCGCGGCUGGGCGAUCGCUGAGUCCAGUCCCGAAGCUGCCGCUGGAAAAGCUCAGCGCGGCGCCCGCGCCGG